AUGGACUUGAAAACAUUGAAGCAAGUGUACUUAGACAGGCUUGCAUCGAGACCAGACAUACGAUGGGCCAUCACGUGGGUUAUUUUUGUACUAUACUGCAUCCGCAUCUGGAUGACAAAUGCAUUUUACCUGGUGACGUAUUGCAUGGGGAUCUAUCUUCUGCAUGCAGUAAUUCUUUUCCUGACGCCGAAGGGAGAGAUGAUUCCAGACCCGUUUGAGAAUGUUGAUGAUGACUAUGUCCCAGAAAAGAUAGAUAAUGAGUUUAAGCCGUUUGUGAGGAAUCUCCCGGAGCUUGAGUUCUGGAUGUUUGCCACAAAGACUCUUGGAACUGCGCUGUUUGGGACGUUUUUUUCGAUUCUAGACAUUCCGGUGUAUACGCCGAUUCUUGUUGGAUACUUUAUAUUCAUGGUGGUUUACACAGGAAGACGGUUGAUAUCGCACAUGAAGAAGUAUAACUAUAAUCCGUUUGUGCAGAACAAGGAGUACUAUAAGAAAUAA